UGUACUCUACAAACUAGCACACACAAAUUGGUUUUGGUUUCUGGGUUAGAUUCUCCUUUCAACUUUUCAAAUAACGAACUCAUUCAUAUUUGCUACCACUCCAUCCUCCUUUAAUUUCACUUGAAGAUGGUAAUGAAUAAUAAUGGAAAUGGAAGAAGAUAUGGUUUGCUUCAAGCAGCAAAGGACCCUGAGUAUGUGAAGAAAAUGUAUGGCGGAUACUUGAAGGUGUAUGCAGAAGCAUUUGGUGAAGAAGGAGCAAGUUGGGAUUUGUUUAGAGUGUGUGAAGGAGAGUUCCCUGAGAUCAGUGAACUCCAUAAAUAUGAUGGGUUUGUUGUAUCAGGUAGUUCAAAUGAUGCAUUUGGUAAUGACUAUUGGAUCCUCAAACUUUGCUUCAUUUUGCAAAUCCUUGAUGCCAUGGAGAAGAAGAUUCUUGGCAUUUGCUUUGGUCACCAGGUACUAUGCAGGGCAUUGGGUGGAAGGGUUGGGAGAGCAAAAAGAGGGUGGGAUAUUGGGAUAACACAAGUGAGUUUUGCCAAAGAUAGAGCUCCAUUAUGGUACCUUGAUGACCAUCAUAACAUGCCAUCAUCACUCUCCAUCAUUGAGAUACACCAAGAUGAGAUUUUUGAGGUUCCUGUGGGUGCAAAUGUCAUAGCUUCCUCAGACAAAACUGGGGUUGAAAUAUUUGUAAUUGAAGAUCACAUUCUUGGAAUUCAAGGUCACCCUGAGUAUAACAAAGAUAUACUAUUUAAUCUAAUUGACCGCCUUCUUGGUAUGGACAAGAUAGAGAAAAGGUUUGCUGAAGAAGUGAAGUGCCGAGUAGAAUUCGUGGAGCCUGAUAGGAAGUGUUGGGAAAAGAUAUGUAGGAACUUUCUCAGGGUACACCACAAAAUAUGUGACUAAAUUGGGAUUCACCCUUUUCAGUGUAUAUUAGAUUAUAAUAAUAAUGAUAAAUAUAUAUAACUCCGAAAAUAGAUAACAUGAUUGAAAUUUUAGAUGGGUAGAGAGAAAUUCACUAAUUAACAUAACUCUGUACAUGAGAUUCAGAAGACAAUACAAAUAGGAAUGGUUGAAUUUUUCACAUUGAAUUAGUAUCUUUUUGUUCAACUGUAAUUUUUUCAUUCUUAAAUUCGAUAAAUAAAAUAAAGAUUUAUUUCA